GACACACCAAAUGGCAUGUGCCCGUCCACGAUCUACACUUCGAACCUCCUUCUUAGUCGUACCUGCCUGGUGGUACAGGUGGGUAGAGUCCUCACCCAUGUGAGGAAGAGGCAAUUCCGAUCCUUUCUCCUGGUUCAAAAACCUAGGGAUUCCAACCAGCUCUCCUCUCCCUCCCUCCCCCUCUCGCCCUCUCGCAACCGGUUUCCCCCUUAUCUCCCCCAGAGUGGCCUCUCCAUCCCGAUACAUCCUACAUAUGGCCAGUAGCUUCACUCGCAAUGGCUACCAGGCCUCGAUCCGUCGGAAGGACGUUCACGGCUCCCUGGAGGGCGGAGCCGGCAAGGAUUAUUCCUAACUCGACCCUGUUCUUCGGGUCUCAAAUCGGCGGCAAGUCUGUCAUCAACUACAGCUAUACCGACAUGCCUUGGAAGUUGCUGGCAUUUGAUGUCUACUAUUUCUUCACCUUUGCUUGGGCCAUUCCAUUCAUCCUGCUCCCCAUCACGCCGUCUGACUCGGGUGAGCUUGACGAGCUGUCUUUCACCCACCAGAACAUCUUUUGUAUUGCCAUCCACUUCAUACUCUGCGUAUUGCAACUUGCCUUUCUUCUCUCCCUACCCUUCGCCGUCUUGUUCCCACUGUGGACCGUCGCCCUGGGAAUAGCCCUGUUUACUCUCGUCAACUAUGGCCUCUGCACCUUCCUGAACGGCAAGGAAACCGAGUACCAUUCCGACCCUCAAUAUGCCCCCGAGUUACCAGAGCACGACCACGAGCAGUGGAUAUUCAUCAACGGUGUCGCUGUUGGGCAACACUGGAUGAAGAACAACCUCAAUCGGCUGGCACUCACGUUCAAGCGACCGGUACUUGGAAUCCAUAACAAGACAAAUGGCAUCUUCUUAGACAUUGUGGAAUGCCUAGUCCAACGUAGUCUCGGUUACGCAACUUCAGAUGUUCGCGUCUGCUAUAGCAUCAUCAAGGAGAAGUUGUACAACCCCAAGUACUCCAAAGUUAUCUUCAUCCUGCACUCGCAGGGCGGAAUCGAAGGCAGCCUCAUCCUCGACUGGUUACUGCAAGAGCUCCCCCAGGACUUGCUAUGCAAGCUAGAGGUCUACACCUUUGGGAAUGCGGCCAACCACUUCAAUAACCCGCACCGGUACGUUGGCGCUCAAGCACAAGCGAUGAGGAACCCGGCCUUGGCAUCUGUCGACGCAUCUCACACGGCCGAUGGCAAUGGGCACGCCUCGUCUCGCCCACCAACGCCCACCUCGCCGCCGCCCGAGGGAUCGGACGGCGAUAACUCGGCAGCGGCAGCGGCAGGACCCGCCCCUGCCCCUGUCCGUGACCAGCCCUCACACUUCGCCCUCCGCAGCGAGACCUCGUCCACCAACCCGGCGUCGGUGUCGUACCGCGCCAUCGGCCACAUCGAGCACUAUGCCCACACUACCGACUUCGUCGCACUGUGGGGGGUCCUGCACUUCGCGACAUCGGCUCGGGGCUCGCCCAUCCUGCCGCGCUUCAUCGGCCGCGUCUUUGCCCGCACGUCGGCGCGCGGCGGCCACCAGCUGUGCCAGCACUAUCUUGACGGCAUGUUCCCACUGGCCCGAGACCCGGCCACGGGUCUGCCAGCGAGGGAUGAGCGGGCCGGGGGCUACGUUGGGUGCGCCGACGGGGAAGGCGAGAAUGAGUUCAUGGAGAGCGAGGUCGUGGUUGGAGCGGAAGGAAGCGAGCUGGACAUGGCGAGGGAGGCGAUGGAGCUAAGUUGGCUGGGCACCGGGCCAGAUGUCGAAGUAGAGGUAGAGGUAGAGGUAGAGGUCCACGCCGGUGGGGGAAGUCCCGUGGAGCCGAGGGGGCGGUACAGGAGCCGGGCGUGCCGGGGGAAACCUCCAGGCGCGAAGAUGAAGGUCAAGGAUCUGAGUAGGCUGUGGCAGUACCGGAACGGGAAGAGUCCGGGUGAGAAACCGCCGCUGCUAGCUACGGACCCUGAUGGCUUUGUCCGAAAUGCGACCAUGUGAGGAGAUCACAAUGUGGUGGGACACACGACUCGCUGCCCGGCUGUGAUACCAAAGCCAUCACCACUCGAUGUAAGCAGCCUCUGUUUGCGUCAGACAAAUGGUGGGGCAGACGGGACGGCAUGUAGCAGAUAAAACCUUUGCACUGCCACGUUUACGUUCCAUUGGCGUUCUCGACUCCGAAGGAGAAGCCUGGGCAAAAGUUGUGCUGUGGUCCUUCAGGGUUGGAAAUCGAAUGACCCUUUCCGUUUCUAAUGGCUGUUGACUGUUACGCGCACACGUAGUGGAAUACCUACGAAGCCUACCAUAGAUACUCAAAGAUUGAACUCUAGUUUGGCAGUCGGAACUUCGCAAGUUGCUGUAACAUUUACGACGGUACUAUUUUGAAGGUACUGAUACAGCCUAGCCCAUAAUGCUCGCAAAUUAGGGCCUGCCUCCAUGGACA